AUGUCGGCUACAGCUACAGGAGACAUCGAUGUCACCAUGGAUGAUCAACUUCGUAUUAAUAAGUUCAGCAGGCUCAACCAGACCUAUGAAGAACUGGAAGGGGAGGUAUUGCAAAUGAAAGAGAAGCUGAAGCUGUGUGAAAGCGCAGUCGAGGAGAUUGAGUUAUGCAUGGACGACGACGGGCUGAUGUUGAGCGUAGGGGAGUGUUACGUGCCUGUUGAUGAGGACGAGGCUUUGGAAAACGUGGAGAAUAAAAAGGAGGAACUAACAUCGGAGAUGGACCGUCUCACGCAGAAGAGCGAUGCAAUACACGAGGAGAUGCGUGAGCUCAAGAGAGUCCUGUACGCCAAGUUCGGCGAUACCAUCAAUUUGGGUGAUCGUGAGUAA